AAUAGUGGAAUAACGUCUCAUUAUCGCCUCUCUGCAUGUUGCUUCAAUCGUGACUGGAUUGUAAGUAAAUAGUACGAUAGUGAACUCGUUACCGUGAAAUAUAGAGCCAUCUGUGGGAGUCACUUGUUGCAGUAGCAUCAUACAAACACUUGUUGCUUUGUCGCAAGCAUUUGACACCACGGCUCACGUUAAUAAUGCGAUUCCCCAAUGGAUGGUGAUGGAAGAUUGGUGUUCUGGAAAGGCGGGGUAUGGGAGGGAGAUGCGCCCACACUCAACUGUAACACCUGUAAGAAACGAAGAGCAGACAGAAUGAAUGCUAGUGAGCGUCCCCCAGGUGAACUAAAGAAGCUUUCAGAGGAGAGCUUGACGCUGCAGCCGGAGGAGGUGUUCGAUAUCAUCUGCAAGCUUGGAGAAGGUUCCUAUGGCAGCGUUUAUAAGGCACUACACAAAGAGAGCGGGCAGGUGCUGGCGAUUAAGCAGGUACCGGUAGACACAGACCUACAGGAGAUCAUCAAGGAGAUCUCCAUCAUGCAGCAGUGUGACAGCCCCUACGUCGUCAAGUAUUACGGGAGCUACUUUAAGAAUACAGACCUCUGGAUCGUUAUGGAAUAUUGCGGCGCAGGAUCAGUAUCAGAUAUAAUGCGGCUAAGGAAAAAGACACUCUCUGAAGAUGAGAUAGCGACCAUAUUAUGUGAUACAUUGAAAGGGCUAGAGUAUCUUCACAGGCUCCGGAAAAUACACAGGGAUAUCAAAGCGGGGAACAUAUUGCUCAACACGGAAGGUCACGCAAAGUUGGCUGAUUUUGGUGUAGCUGGACAGUUAACGGACACAAUGGCGAAAAGGAACACAGUAAUAGGAACGCCGUUCUGGAUGGCGCCGGAGGUGAUCCAGGAGAUCGGCUACGACUGCGUAGCGGACAUCUGGUCACUCGGCAUCACGGCACUCGAGAUGGCCGAGGGAAAACCGCCCUACGGUGAUAUUCAUCCCAUGAGGGCCAUUUUUAUGAUCCCAACUAAGCCACCGCCUUCGUUUAGGGAACCAGAUCAAUGGUCACCAGAGUUCAUAGACUUCGUAAGCCAAUGCCUAAUCAAAAUACCUGAGGAGAGAGCGACAGCAGAGUUUUUAUUAACACACGAGUUUAUAGGUAAUGCAAAACAUCCGAGUAUAUUAAGCACAAUGAUCGCCGAGGCGAGGGAGAUCCGGGAGAGCCGAGCGUACCGCAACGCUCAGCAGAACUGCAACAACGCCAAGACCUUUGCGGCGGGCGACGGCUACGACGAGGCCACGAUGAAGAAGUGCGACGACGGCACGCUGGUGCCGCAGCGCGACGGCACGGCCGAGCUGGCCGCCGACCUCGGCACCAUGGUCAUCAACGAGCCCGACGGGGACCUGGCCACCAUGAAGCGUCAUGAUACAGAUCCAAUGGACACAAACAGGCCGAAGUAUAGGCCGUUAUUCCUGGAGCAUUUCGAGAAGAAGGAGGUGAACCAUCUCAAUAUCGGUGCUAGCAACGGAACACUUACCAGCAAUAUUCGCCUGCCCACAGACGACAAUGUUCGAGAGGAGAGCGAAGCAGAGCCCGGUUCGAACCCCGCGCUGGGCCUGCAGAGGGCGUUCGUGGAGGAGGGCAACUUCGAAUUCCUGCGCGGGCUGCCGGCGGGCGAGCUGGAGGCGCGCGUGGCGCGCCUGGACGCCGAGAUGGAGGCCGAGAUCGACGAGCUGCGCGCGCGCUACGCCAAGAAGCGCCAGCCCAUCCUCGACGCCAUGCACCUCAAGCGCACGCGCCAGCAGAACUUCUAGCGCCGCCAAGGCGCCAGCAGCACCGGAACACGCGCUAAGGUCCGUGCUACAACUCGUUUCUUGUUUUCGGCGAGAAGCCGAUGUUUCUUACGCUGGACUUCGAUUCGUUGCAAUUGUAUAACGCUCUUGGCUAUCAUUUAUUAAUAUGUCAACAUUUUGACAGCUGGCAAGUAAUGCCUAUGACAACGGUUUAUUAGUACCGACCUUAGUGUGUUGUCGAUUAACAGCGAAAAUAUUUUUUUGUUUCAUGUGAUAUUCUUUUUCCGUUCACCAAUUCAAAACCUUCAAUUAUCGCAGGAUAGUGCUUUAGCUUGUUCUAAGUUUUCAUAAGUCGUCACGUGACAAUACUUGAACAAAAGCAGUGCUACAAAAUAAUAAUUAUGCAUUUAAACUUUUGCUAUAGAAUAGGGUUACCAUAAAAAUUUACUUCAAUUUAUACAUUUCAGCUUGUACAAAAUUGAGGAAACCCGCUAAAUUAUGACAAUAUGUAGAUAAACCAUAGAGUUGUAGUUAGCUGAGCGUAAUGUAAUUUUUACAUUGUUUAAUUUAUUAUUUCAUCGAUCAAACUGAUUUUGUUAUUUUACCUAAUUCGAUUUAAAAAUUUCACGUUCUAUAUUCUGACAUAAAUAAGUCAUUAAAUUGUAAGUUACAUUCAUUUCAAAUUAAACGGACGUUUGGGCUAGUGACAGUUUUGUUGAGUAUCGUAAAAAUAAUUUAUAAAAAUUUGGCGAUCGUGGCCAACGCGAAGUUUGGUCUGUCUUUUUUGAAGAUAGAGUAAAAUGACAGUUCAUUGCGGUUCAAAUCGACUGAAUGUUGAAUACGCUUAUGCAAUAAAUAGACGAAUUUGUUUCAUUUCAAUCAUCAUCAGCUCAUUGUUUCUUCAACUGCUGGCCACAGGUUCUAUAAAUCUUUGUAAGUUCAUACAUACAUAUGUAUACUACAUUUGGAACUACAUCUAUUAAAAAUACAAAGUGCAGGCAUAUUGAGUUCUUAGGUUUUCGCGA